UGCCUCAGGGAGGCCAGCCAAUCACGUUGCCGCCUGUGUGCCCUACUAAGAAUGCCUUUUUGUCUAUCAGCCGCAACUGCGAAAUCGGCUGAAAGUUUCUCAAGAUGCAGAUUAAAAGCAGCUUUGGGUUCUGGAAGCCGGGCAUCUGAAAUUAGCAUCACUGAGCCAAGAUCAAGGCAUUAUAUGCCAAGUUCUGAAGAACUGAUGAUGAAAAAAGACCUGGUGCCUACUUCAGGAAGUCCGUGUGGGGGACGAAGAGACACGUGGAAGCAAAUCCUAAUUCAGCAAGGUGGGGAACCAACCAGGGCCAGCCAAAGCCCAAACCUGCUUCAUUCCACCAUUCCCAAAGCAUUCCUGCUGCUGUGUGUUGGCCUGGCACUACUCAGGCUUGCUCAUGGAGCCAUGCUGAGAAACGAAGAGAAAUGGAAGCCCCUCAACAACCCCCAAAACCGAGAUCUGUUUUUCAGAACCCUUCGUGCAUAUUUUAAGGGAAGAGGUCUUGAUCUUGGGAGGUUCCCAAAUACUUUCAUCAUGAAUGAGAAUCCCAGACCUGUGUCUUUUGAAUCAGAAUUUAUUGCUUCUGCCUUUGCAGAUUAUGAGGAGCAGAAAAACUCCUUUCCCAAUUUCCUCAAAGGCUGACUAUUUCUUCUGAGCACAGGUUCUGGCUAUUUUAGAACUACACGUGAAGCUUCUCAUUAAAAAAUUUUAAUCAUGGUCGUGGCUAAACAUUUUUUCGCUCUACUUUUAUUUGUCAAUGUGUAAUGAUUUUAUCCUACAUUUCCAGAUUUACAGAUAAAUAGAUUGGCCCUUGGGACAUAAUCUGACUCAGGGGACUAUUUCUGGAGUUUUUUUUCCCACUCUAUAACCAUGAACAUUGAUGUAGAACACUGCGGAUAUUUUGUAAGAGGUACAACACAUAACGAGUCAAAAGAGAUGAUGAUCUUCUAAAUUACAUGUGUACUUCAAGCUUGUCUUUAAAGCUUGUCUUGUAUGCUUAUUACCUGUUAUCAAUCAUUGUUUUUAUUUCAAAGGGUCUUU